AUGUUUGUUCUAAGGCUCAUUGCUUUAGGCGCCACAGUCUCGGCAGCCUUGAUCAUGGUCACGAGUCGAGACACAGCCCAAGUUCUUAACGUGAAGUUCGAAGCAAACUAUACGAAUUCCCCGACUUUCAAGUACUUUGUGUUGAUAAAUGCAAUAGCAAGUGUUUAUACUUUCAUACUGCUGUUUUUCCCUUUGAAGACUUCAUAUAGGCACUUGAUCUUGGCCCUGGAUUUGAUUAUGACAUUGCUUCUGGAUUCAAGCAUAUCUUCAUGUAUAGCAAUAGGGCAAGUGGGGAAAAAAGGCAACAGUCAUGCAGUCGAGUUUUAG